CCCAUCCCUCCCCUUUUUACACUUGCUCUGACAAGUGUGUGUCCCUUGAUGAGGUCUUUUACGUCACAGGUAGGUUGAAGAGCCUCCCUGCUGUGCUUAAUUCAGCAAACUGACUUCAAACUGCAAGGGGAGGUAGCGGUACCGGUCAUGCUCGCUGCGAGAGUAAGUAAGAGGAGAAGACGUGCCAGAUGACUGAGGUCUCUUACACAGGACAUGUGAGACGGCUGGCAGUGGCAUUGAAUCAGCUCCAGCCUCUAUGCAAGACCACAAUCAUGCCCAAGAAGAUUUUAGAGGUGUAUUAUUCCUCUUAAAAUGUGCUCAGAUAAGGAUUACUUUAAAACUCGAUGGAUCUGCUUGAGGUUGAACAUAUGGAUUGCUGAGUCAGCCUGUGGCUCAUCUUACUUCCAUCUGUGGAGAACAUAAGAUCACUUUCCACUCUAAUGAAUAAUUUAUUUAAUGAGGCAGGGUUUCAUAUAAUUGACAGAACAAUGACAUUGAAAGUGAAGCACUGGAGGUCGAUGUGCAAAGGGCUAGUCCUGGGUACAGUCCUGACCAGCUGCAUGAUCCUGCUGUACUGCGUCUCUAUGCCACAAGUCCACAUCAGUUUGCCUGAAGUGCCUGUGCCUUAUUCCUGUGCCCAUCGCCCAUUUCAUGUUAAUCCCAAAUUGACUGGUAAUACCUCUGAGCUAAGUACAAGUCAAACAUGCCCUCCCAAAGUAGACAUUAUGUUCAUGAAAACCCAUAAAACAGCCAGCAGCACUUUCCUCAACAUACUUUUCCGCUUUGGAGAGAAACACCGGCUCAAAUUUGCUUUCCCAAAUGGUAGAAAUGACUUUUUCUAUCCUUCCUUUUUUGAGCGGUCCCAAGUCAAGGACUAUAGACCUGGAAUGUGUUUCAACAUUGUUUGCAAUCACAUGCGCUUCAGUGCACCUGAGGUGUCCAAGGUGCUCCCAAUGGAUACUUCAUACAUCACUAUUUUGAGAGACCCAGCAGAGCUUUUUGAGUCUGCUUUCCAUUACUUUGGGCGAAUAGUACCUUUCACCUGGAAGAUACCAGGUGAUGAUAAGAUGACUGAGUUCCUACUCAACCCUGCUCACUAUUUUGAUCCACACGGAUUCAACUCUUUCUACCUCAAGAAUUUGCUGUUUUUUGAUUUUGGAUUUGACAACACACUAAAAGUGGCUGAUCCUCAAGUAGAAGAAGGAAUUAAAUCUAUCAGUGGCCGUUUUCAUCUGGUCAUGUUAGUGGAGUAUUUUGAGGAGUCUCUCGUUUUGCUUAAGGACGCUCUCUGUUGGGAUAUGGAUGACCUGGUUUUCUUUAAGCUCAAUGCGCGCAAAGGAUCCACUGUCUCCAAACUAACUCCUGCACUCAGGGCAAAAGCACUUGAGUGGAACGCCAUUGACUGGAAGCUCUACCAGCACUUCAACAAAACCUUCUGGGCCAAAGUGGAGUCAUAUGGACGGCAGCGAAUGGCCCUUGAUGUGGCUGAGCUCAGGAGAAGGAACGAGGAGAUGGCAAAGAUCUGCAUUGAAGAUGGUCAGGCUGUGGAGGCAGGCCGGAUCCAUGAGAUGGCCAUGCAACCCUGGCAGCCCAUUGGAGAGAAAUCCAUCAUGGGCUACAACCUGAAACACAAUGUGGACAAGGCAUAUAGAAAACUGUGUCGAAAAAUGUUGACGCCUGAGAUACAGUACUUGACAGAACUUGGUGUUAAUCUGUGGAUCACCAAACUGUGGGGACAUGUUCGAGAUAUCAUAAACUGGUGAACAGCAUUGGAGAGAUCAGUUGAAUGCAGGU